UCAGCAUCCAUCACCAACCUUGUAUCAUCGUCUCGUGUUCUCCUCCAUCCUCUUUUUUCUCACGCGUACCUACAGUCCUACACACUCUGUCAGCCAAUCGAUCGUGCUGAGAUCGAUGGGGGAGGACGAUGCCGGUGACCACGGCGAAGCGCGGCCGCCGGUCGUCGUCCGCAAGGGCAAGCGCAGCAAGCGGCAGCGCGUGCACGCCGUGCCUCCGGUUAUCGCCGAGGCCGAGUCGUCGAGCUCUGUCAAAGCGUGGCGGCGGUCGGGCGCUGAUCAGCAGGAGGAUGAGGACAUGGCGCUCUGCCUCAUGCUCCUCGCCCGCGGCGGCAAGUCCGGGCCGUCAUCGUCGCCGGUGGUGGUCGCCGCUGAGUCGACGGUGAAAGAAGGCAAGUUCCGGAGCCGGCGUCCGGCUGACGACUGCGCCGGGGAGUUCGUGUUCGAGUGCAGGACGUGCGGCAGAAGCUUCCCGUCCUUCCAGGCGCUCGGCGGCCACCGCACCAGCCACAAGAAGCCCCGCCUCCUCCUCCCUCCCACUCGACCUCUGACACCCGCCUCCACGCCGCUCUCGUCCUCCAAUCAGAAGCGGCGGCCGCCGGCCCUGCGGGAGGAGAAGGCGCCAUCCCCGUUGCUGUCACCGCGGUCACCGCAUGCACACGCCGACCCGACAGUGCUGGCGAUCCCGGCGAUCAGGGCCAUGAGCGGCGCGUCGAGGCAGCAGCAGCAGUGGAGGGUGCACGAGUGCAGCGUCUGCGGCGCGGAGUUCGCGUCCGGGCAGGCGCUCGGCGGGCACAUGCGCCGGCACCGCCCGCUCGUGCCAGCCUCGUUGGACAGCGACAUGGGGGCGGCGCCGGUGAUCAGCAGGAACGAGAGAAGCCUCCUGGAGCUGCUGGAUCUCAACAUGCCUGCGCCCUGCGACGAGGCCACGCACGAUCCCCGAGGCGACGUCGCGGACGAUUCUGUUCCCGGCGCCGGCGCCGGCGUUGCUGGACUGCCAUUACUAGCAAUCAAGCAACGGAUCGGUAAUUAGCUUCUCUGUUUUUCAUUAUUUUAAUACACAUACAUAGAUACAAAUACUCGUGCAUACUCUUUUUUCUCUUCUCCUUUUCUUUGUUUUUGUACUAAGUAAUGAUCGGAAAUUGGUGGUGUAAAAUUGAUUGUACAAAAGCCUGAAAUAUAUUGAUCCAUUCAUUGAA